UUUUGUUUGUUUCUCUGAAUUUUCAUUUUUAAUUAAAAUUAAAUUAUUGUAUUUUAUCAAGAAUCCUUGCAUGCAGAUAAAAGCCAAAUAAUUGCAACAACUAUGCGGGAUCAGCAAAUAUGAAUUUUAAAACCAAAAAUGUGUUGUCAUGUCUUUUUCUUCGACCCUGGCUAGGGGUUCCGCUGGGGAUAUGGGUGGCCAUCUCAGUGGUGUACUACUGGUGGCUGAUAUCCAGGAUCAGCGUCCUGGAGACACAGAACAGGGUGUUCAAGACGCAACUCCAGCUGUCACAGUCCGUCAUGAGGCAAAUGUCCGUUGAUUCUGUAACUACUUACAAAGUUCCUGUUAUUCCUGAUGCAUAUGGCACAAUUUGUGAGACAGUGCACAUUGCGUUAGUGUGUAUGGGGAAGUGUAUGAGACUCAUCACACCAAUGCUCAAGUCUCUGCUUCACCACCGUCAGAAUCCCAUACAUUUCCACUUCAUUGUGGAUGGAACUUCACAGCAAAUUACAAAUGUUCUCUUUGACACAUGGGACUUGCCUGAUGUAAAAUACACUUGCUACAAUGCUCAAAACCGUCUGAUGCAAGUAAGAUGGAUACCAAACAGUCAUUACUCAGGCAUCUACGCUCUGGUCAAGUUGCUGUUCCCAGACAUUCUGCCCGAUACGUUGAAACAAGUCAUUGUAUUGGACUCAGAUUUGACGUUCCUGUGUGAUGUCGCUGAAUUGUGGACGAUGUUCAGGAAUAUGACUGAUGAACAGAUCAUAGGCCUAGUCGAAAACGAAAGCGACUGGUACUAUGCGACCUCAAAACGAUGGCCCGCCUUAGGCCGCGGCUACAACACCGGAGUGAUGUUACUAGACCUUGAAAAGAUCCGAAGAAACACUGACUGGACCACCCUAUGGCAUGAUGCGGUGAACGAAAACCUAGACACUCUAAGACAAACUACCCUAGCUGAUCAGGACGUUAUUAACGCGAUACUGAAGAAAUAUCCGAGAUAUGUGUACAAUAUUAGUUGUCAGUAUAAUGUCCAAAUGUCGACGAAGACGUUAGCAAAGAAUUGUUACGGAGAAGACACUAAUAAUGUCAAGGUGAUACAUUGGAAUUCGCCUGGCAAAUAUAACAUUAGGAUUAGAGAUGCAGAUUAUUUUAGAAAUAUACACCAGUCGUAUGUGAAUUUUGAUGGAAACCUAUUGAGGGAAAAACUACAUAAAUGUGGGCAGACAGAAGUAGUUACUUAUAAGAUGAAUCAUUCCGAUCUAUGUAUAAGUUUCCGCGCCGCACAGAGGGUUAAACUGCGCACCCAUUUGUACUACAUGGACUACAGCUAUACGGACAUAGACAAUUUUGACGUCACACUCGUUCUGCAGUUGUCUAUGGAUCGGCUGCAGUUCCUCGAAAGACUAGUCAAGCAUUGGGAAGGUAAUAAUUAA